AUGCUAGAGUUGUUCAAAAAGACGUUUGUACGGGGUUGGGAAAAGCAGGGUAAGACAGACGCAGCGUCGCACAAUGCAGGCAAUGCAGCAGCAGCUGUGGCAAUUGCUGCUUGGGGAGGAGCGGACGCCGGAAAGGCGGAAUGCUUGCAUCCGUCUCCAGGCGGCACGAAUCCAACGGCUCCCUCUCGUCGCGACCCGAAUGAAGAGAUUUCGCAGGCGAGCUUGCCGCCUCUCGCGGAGCCGCUGCCGUUUUUAAAAGACGUGGGUGCGCAGGAGAAGCAGGCGCUAUUCAUGCGGAAGCUUCGACUCUGCAGUUACCUGUUCGAUUAUAACGACCCAAUGAAAAACGUGAAGGAGAAGGAGAUUAAGUGGCAAACGCUGCUCGAGCUAGUGGACUACGUUGGUCGCGGAACCGGGAAGUUCAACGAGGCGGUAUUCGAAGACAUCACGCGCAUGCUGGAGAUUAAUCUCUUCCGGCCGUUACCGCCGUCCGCGCACGCGAUUUCCGGGACGGAAUCUAAGGACCCCCAGGAAGAGGAUCCGACUUUGGAAGCCGCUUGGUCGCACCUGCAAAUAGUCUACGAAUUCCUGCUUAGGUAUGUCGUCUCUAACGAGACCGACCAGAGGCUUCUAAAGCGUUACAUCGACCAGAAGUUCAUCUUAAAGCUGCUGAACCUGUUCGACUCGGAGGACCCUCGCGAGCGGGACUAUUUGAAGAGCAUUUUACACCGGAUUUACUUCAAAAUCAUGGGUCACCGACCGUUCAUCCACAAGGCGAUAAACAACAUUUUCGACCAGUUUAUCGAGUCGGAGCGUCAUAAUGGCAUUGCGGAGUUGCUGGAGUUCAUAGGAAGCUUUGUCAACGGGUUUGUGCUGCCUCUUAAACAGGAGCAUACGCAGUCCCUGGAGCGAGUACUGGUUCCGCUGCACAAGCCCAAGUGCGUGUCGAUGUAUCACGAGCAGCUGUCGUACUGCAUCACUCAGUUCGUGGAGUAA